GCAAAGAUAAGAGAGAUGAUGCAAGACACCAUUUCUUUUACAUGGAAGGAAACAAAGGCAAUUUGCAGCAACAAAGGCAAUUUGAACGUAUGUCCCCGUGGGCGGCCGGGACCUCCGGGGAGAGCUGGACCAAAAGGUGACAGGGGGAGGAAAGGAAGAAAAGGAUCCCAGGGACUCAUGGGACCACCAGGAAGAAGCGGAAAACAAGGAGUCAUGGGACCACCAGGAAUAAGAGGAGAGAAAGGAAUAAAAGGAGACAUCGGGCCACCGGGUAUCCCUGGUAUCCCAGGGACUAAAGGUGAACCAGGCGAAUCCAUUUCAAAGCCGAAAGUAACAAUUUCUCCACCGAAACUAAUUAUCAACGAAACCAACACAGCCUCGUUCUUAUGCUCUGUUUCGGGAAAUCCAGCAGCUCAAAUAUUCUGGUCAAAGGUCAAUGGAUCGUCACCUAGCAAUAAGACUAAAGUGACGUCAAAUGGUCAGAUGCAGAUCGUUAGUGUUCGGAUGGAAGAGGCAGGCGAGUACAAAUGCUUAGCGCGAAAUAUUCUGGGAGAGGAGGAAAAAACUGCGAUUCUCGUCGUACAAAAUAAACCAAAUAUCUCACUCUCCCCUGGGCCCACUUAUUUUGAAAAAGGCAAGAACAUCACGCUACCAAAAUGUCACGUGACCAGUUUUCCUCCAGCCGUCAUAACGUGGUCUAGAGUGCGCGGUGAACUUGCAUAUUCCAGAACUGUUGUGGAAGACGGACAGCUGUCGAUUAUCAGUGCUCAAAAGAGAGAUUCUGGUUUGUACGAAUGCAAAGCGUCAAAUGAUUUGGGUGACGACUCAGCUUUGACACUUCUAAGUGUUUUGGAGCUGCCACGAUUCACAUCAAAUCCUCCUGCUCAGCUCAAUGUUAGACAAGAACAAAAUAUUUCAGUCUCAUGUCAAGCUGCUGGUGACCCCAAACCAAAAAUCAUGUGGGUGAGAGAGAACAGCCAGCUGCCAGUUGGAAGAUCACAAGUCAGUCCGGAAGGAACACUUCAGAUAUGGAAUAUUAAAGAUGAAGACUCGGGAAUAUAUAUCUGUAUAGCCAUAUCAGCGCAAUUGUUCAAAAGGUCUUUAAUGCAACUGACUGUUGUGUGUGAGCCUAUUGGUGUGGUGGACAGGAACAGAAUACCAGACGCCAGAAUGACAGCGAGCAGUUUUUACAGUAAUUAUACUCCUCCCUACUACAGCCGACUCAAUGAAAGCAGUGGCCAUGGAGGGUGGUGCCCUAAAACUAGAUCUGACAGAACAGACUAUCUUCAAGUUGAUAUGGGUGAAGUGCGUUUUCUUUGUGGUGUGGCCACACAAGGAUUACUGAGGGGCUCUGCAUGGACCACCAGCUACAAACUACAGUUAUCUACAAACGGUACAACUUGGAACACUUACAGGGAAACGAAUAUUGAAAAGGUUUUCCAAGGAAAUUCAGACAGAAACACCAUUGUGAAACAUCCACUCAGUACUGACGUCAAGGCCAGAUACGUUCGGUUCUAUCCUGUCACGUAUCACACUCAUCCUUGUUUAAGGGUUGAAAUAUAUGUGCGGCUAAAUUGA